AUGGAUUUGAUGGCUCUUAUCCCUGAUUUUACGACGACACCAAUUAUUCAGCAUGAACCGCACCUGGAGCACGUUUGUGAGAUGCCGCCAAAGGAAGAUUCAUUGAUGAAGAUAAUCCCUGGAAUUUCUCCUUGGUCAAGACUACGACGCUGGUUUUUUAGUACGCUGAUAGUGUCGCAAAAACAUCCGUUUACGCGAUACUGUCUGAAGAGUACCCAGGCGAUCGAUUACGAGAUCAGUCGACACCUCAAAUCCCAUCCUUAUAUGAUCCAUCCCUUUAGUUCCUUCAGAAUAUGUUGGGAGUCUGCGAUGACACUGUUUAUCGUAGCGGCUCUAUUGACCACUCCAGUCUUCCUUGCAUUUCAUUUUAACGAAUACGAAAACUGGUACCUCUUCAAUAUUGCGAUCGACGCUGUAUUUAUGUGUGACAUUGUGAUCCGGUUCUUUACCGGUUAUUAUGAUUCUAAUACACAUUUGAUAGUUCUGGACCCGAGAGUCGUGGCGAGCAAUUAUCUACGAGGUUUCUUCGUCGUGGAUGUGAUACCAGUACUACCACUGGAAUUUCUCAUCGUUCUCUUCGAGUCCGUGUGGUAUUUGGCGUCUUUGAACCUGCUGAAGAUACUGUGGAUACGAACCGUCAUCAUUUAUGCACGCAGACUCUAUUACGUAUAUCGAGUUAAUUUCCAUCUGUACAAGGUAACGGAAAUCAGUAUUAUCAUCAUCGUAUGCGUGCACUGGGCCGCUUGUCUCGAGUAUUAUUUGCCGUUGGCAGUCGCCAAGAUAAUCGGGCAAAAUGACGCAUCAUGGAUUCGAUCGCCCUACAUGACGAAAAGGGAAACAAAACUCGCAAUCUACCUGACGUGUGUUAACAGAGCUGUUAUCGCCCUGAUCGGAUCUACGCAUUAUUUGAAUGUCAGCACCCCAGAAGAUAUUAUAUAUAAUCUAAUUCUCUCUAUCCUCGGAUUGCUCGGAUUUAUUUAUCUGCUGGCACAAUUCUUGCAGUUAAUGAUGACGUUUCAUUCUACUCGCAAGAGACACUUGAAAUUAAUCCAGCAGCUACAACAGUAUAUGAGGUACAAGGAAUUGCCGUAUUCGGUGCAGCGACGAUUGCUGUCUUACUACAAUUACCGCAAUAAGAAAGGAUUCGAGAGAGACAAGAUUAUUAUCAACCACGUGUCGCCCUAUUUGCGAGAAAAACUUCUUCGGCACAAUUAUCGCCGAUUACUGAAUGAUGUGGAGCUAUUCGGAUACCUGCCGGAAACAGUGGUGACACAAUUGGUCGGCGCCGUGCGUUCCGAGAUUUUCAUACCAAACGAUACGUUAGUCAAGGCCAGUGCACGCGGUAACGCUUUGUAUUUCAUCGCCUCCGGCACCGUGGCCGUCUACAAUAACGUGGGGAAAGAGAUUUGCCACUUGGAGCAAGGCGCAUAUUUCGGUGAGCUGGCCCUGCUGAUGGAGGAUGAGCGCUGGAACGCGAGCGUCGUUGCCGCAGAGAAUUGCGAGGUUUAUAUAUUAUCACGUGUCGAUUUCCAAUACGCCCUGACACCGUAUCCCGAUCUCCUUGCACACCUGCAGAACGUCGUACUCGCGCGUCCGGAGCAGACGCCGCUGCUCGAGAGGGCCCAUGAACUGGACUCGCUAAUGACGUCCGGGAACGUCAAUAUCAGCAGUAUAAAAGUCAAAAGGAGAGAUUAGCUGGUAAAUGUCGUG